UCGCAGUAGUGAGUUUAAAGGGCGGGUCGAGGAAACACAGCCGACUCUUGGAUGAUUUGCUGAUCAUCACCGGUGCCACCCCGCAAAUGUCGACGCAAGAAGGUUGACAAUCGAUUACAACAUGACUGGAGGGGUCCCCAAACUACGGCCCGCGGGUCGGAUACGGCCCGCCUCCACAUUUGGUCCGGCAUUUUGAAUUUUUUUUUUUUUCUUAAUAGUGUUAUUUAUUUCCUGGCCUUUUUCUGUGAAGAACUCAGAGAGGGUGUUGAGAGAAAUGGGAGCGAGAAAAAUUGCUGAAGAUGGAGAUCCUGACUUCGCGUUCAAGGUGAGAGAUGAACAGCCUGACACCAGGCGGCAGGAUACACACAGCAUCCGGGAACGAGGCCUGAUGGUGGACACGGGAGCGACAUCUCAUAUCAUCACUGACGUGACCAAGUUCAAAAGAUUCCAGGAGACGUUCAAACCAGAGAACCACAGCGUCGAGUUGGCAGAUGGUAUCCGGUGCAGGGGAGUCGCACUCAAAAGAGGAGAUGAGUAGUGCUACCUGAUUGACAACGGAUGACAUGAUAGCUGAUAUCAUGACAAAACCUGUAACAAAGUUAAAACUGAAGAAGUUUGACAGUGUUAUUUUUGGAAUUUGAAAUCUAAAAGUUCAUUUGGUUGUUAAAAAGGCCAUCAACAUGAGAACAAGUGGGGGUGUUGAGAGAAAUGGUGGAGGAAAUGUUUUGUAUUCAUAAAUGUGUCCUCAGUUGAUGUUGAAAUAAUGUUCCUAUUGCUUGUUAAUAUUGACAUAUUAUUUUUUCGCCACAAGAUGGCAGGAUGGGACUUAAUUGUCUAAAGUGCUACAUUCAUUACUUCUUUGUGUUUGACUUUGAUAACUUUGAUUUGUGGGAUUGCCUGUGAAGACGGCAAUGAGAGAGGAUGUAUCCGCAUGUCAAUGGAAAUUAAAUACGCCGAGUUUUGGCUAAAAGACAACUUAUUCUCCGUCAAUUCUUCCUACGAAUGCAACGUUGAGCUGCAACCUCAACAGAGGGUUAUUCAGACAAGAAAACAACUUUCCUCCUCUGCCAAAAUUCUUAAGAGUACGGCCAUGCUUUUAUCAGAAUAUCCAGGAGGAGAUUCCGGGCCAACAUCAGCAGCUAGUGCAGCGAAUCUUCAGACUUUGGAUGAUUUAUUCAGCGACACUGUGCAUGAACGUGAUUGGCUGCAUCGCCUGGUGGGCCGCGGGGGGUAACGGCUCCAAUUUCGGCUAUUCGUUGCUCUGGCUGAUUCUCUUCAGCCCUUGCAGUUAUGUCUGCUGGUUCAGACCUAUCUACAAAGCUAUCAGAGCGGAUAGCUCCUUCAACUUCAUGGCCUUCUUUUUCAUCUUCUUCCUUCAGCUAGUGCUGGCCAUUAUUCAAUGUAUAGGAGUCUACAACUGGGGUGUUUGUGGAUGGAUCGCUACGGUGGUGAUUUUCAAAACAAAUACAGUCGCCGCCAUAUUCAUGCUUCCCACAGCGCUGCUUUUAACGCUGGUGACCAUUUUAAUGUUGCUGGUCCUUGUCAAGGUGCAUAGACUGUACCGGGGCAUCGGGGGAAGUAUGGGGAAUGCUCGAGAAGAGUGGGGCACCGGUACGUGGAAGAGUGCGCCAGUGAAAAGGGGGGAGGUCAGCAACAUCGACCCGAACACUCAAGGUCCAAGCUUGCCAGAGUACCCUGCAUCAGUGCCUAGUUAUGUGGACAACCGUGGCUGGUAAUAGUCCGCCACCCUCAAGCAAGACAAGUGAAGCAAUUGAUGCAAUCCAAAUCCACCCAAUGCAUCUUUGAUGGAAGACACUCAGGUGACUUGAUGUUCCACUCUGAGACCCCCAAUUUGGCCAAAUUUCAAAAUUGUCCUAUAUGCAUGUGUGAUACAUCAUUGGAAAGCUUAAGAUCUCCAUUUUCUGGGGGAAGAAAAACAGGAGGGCAUUAAAAAAAAAAUGACACCCCUAAAUCGUAACUCGAGGUGAGAGCAUGAGAGAGCAUAAUUAAAGACACCGUGAUUUUAAUGAGAUAUUAUCGCGUACUUACCUUGUUUCGGUCGUAAAACUCAGUGUAGCAUGUCUCUCCGAUUGUCAAGGCACAGCUGUGAAUGGCCACAGCCGGACUUUUGGGGGAUUUUAUGGGUAAAACACGGUAAUAUAACAAGGCUCGCAAUGCAGAAAUCGCAGACAUCAAGGAGCUUUUGAUUGUGUCAGUGUCAUUUUGUCAGUGUUGUCCCAUGAAAAGAUAUGCUUAAAUAUCUGCAAGAAUUGCGAGGGGUGUACUCACUUUUGUGAUACACUGUAUAGAGUUGUCCGAUAAUGACUUUUUAACCAAUAUCCCGAUACUGUCCAACUCUUAAAACUCAACAACUAUAUACAGUGCUGGCUAAAAGUAUUGGCACCCCUGCAUUUCUGUCAGAUAAUGCACAAUUUCUUCCAGAAAAUGAUUGCAAUUACAAAUGCUUUGGUAGUAUUAUCUUCAUUUCAUCUAUUAUGCUUGCAAUUAAAAAACACAAAAGAGAAUGAAAAAAAAAAAUCAAUCAUUAUCAUUUUACACAAAACUCCAAAAAUGGGCCAGGCAAAAGUAUUGGCACCCUCAACCUCCUUGGUAGCACAACCUUUUGACAAAAUAACUCCGGACAACCGCUUCAGGUAUCCAUCAGUGAGUUUCUUAGAAUGCUCUGCUGGAAUUUUAGACCAUUCUUCUUUGGCCAACUGCUUCAGGUCUCUGAGAUUUGAAGGGUGCCUUUUCCAAACUGACAGGUGUUCUAUGGGAUUCAGGUCUGGACUCAUCGCUGGCCACUUUAGAAGUCUCCAGUGCUUUCUCUCAAACCAUUUUCUAGUGCUUUUUGAAGUGUGUUUUGGUUCAAUGUCCAGCUGGAAGACCCAUGACCUCUGAGGGAGACCCAGCUUUCUCACACUGAGCCCUACAUUAUGCUGCAAAAUUUGUUGGUGGUCUUCAGACUUCAUAAUGCCAUGCACACGGUCAAGCAGUCCAGUGCCAGAGGCAGCAAAGCAACCCCAAAACAUCAGGGAACCUCUGCCAAGUUUGACUGUGGGGACAGUGUUUUUUUCUUUGAAGGCCUCGUUUUUUUUCCCUGUAAACUCUAUGUUGAUGCCUUUUCCCAAAAAGCUCUACUUUUGUCUCAUCUGACCAAAAAGCAUUCUUCGACAACGUUUUUGGCUUUCUCAGAUAAGUUUUGGCAAAUGCCAGCCUGGCUUUUUUAUGUCUGUCUUAUGUCAAAAGUACGGUCUUCCUUGGUAUCCUACCAUAGUCCCUUUUCAUUCAGAUGCUGACGGAUAGUAUGGGUUGACACUGUUGUACCCUCGGACUGCAGGACAGCUUGAACUUGUUUGGAUGUUAGUGGAGGUUCUUUAUCCACCAUCCUCACAAUCUUUCCCUGAAAUCUCUCUUCGAUUUUUCUUUUCUGUCCACAUCUAGCGAGGUUAGCCACUGUGCCAUGGGCUUUACUCGUUAUUGAUGACACUGCGCACAGUUGACACAGGAACAUUCAGGUCUUUGGAGAUGGACUUGUAGCCUUGAGAUUGCUCAUGCUUCCUCACAAUUUUGCUUCUCAAGUCCUCUGACAGUUCUUUGGUCUUCUUUCUUUUCUCCAUGCUCAAUGUGGUACACACAAGGACACAGGGCAGGUUGCGUCAACUUUAAUCCAUUUUAACUGGCUGCAAGUGUGAUUUAGUCAUUGUCACCUGUUAUGUGCCACUGGUAAGUAACAGGUGCUGUUAAUGACACAAAUUAGAGAAGCUUCACAUGAUUUUUCAAAGGGUGCCAAUAAUUUUGUCCGGACCAUUUUUGGAGUUUUGUGUAAAGUGAUAAUGAUUGAUUUUUUUUUCCAUUCUCCUUUGUGUUUUGUCAUUGAAAGCAAAAUCAAUGAAGAUAUUACUACCAAAGCAUUUGUAAUUGCAAUCAUUUUGAGCAUCAAAUUGAGCAAUAUCUGACAGAAUUGCAGGGGUGCCAAUACAGUGUAAUUGGAUCAACCACCAUUUAAAACAAUGGAGUUUAUUUUUUUAAAUACCUUUCGUGAGAACCCCGCAUCUGCUCCAUUUUGUCAAAAUGGGGUGCACUUUUGACAGUAAAGGGCUUGUGCCUUAUUUCCUCCAUGAUCAAACUUCUGCAGACAUCUGACUGGAUGCUUUCUUUCUGAUGAUGAAUCAUAUUUUGCAUGUGAUGGACUUUUACUUGGACUUGGUAGUGCUGCAGGAUGCCUCGUGAUUAAUUUUGCUUGUUUUGCAUGUCUGCAGCGUCCAGAUGGUCUGAAAAAUAUUGGCUGGUGGGAUUUUGUCACAAAGUGUACUCUGAUAUAUUUUGAGUUUACAUUUCAGGACAAUAUUUUAUUCAUUUUUUUAAAAAUACAUUUCAGUAUAUACUGUUGAAAAUGUGCAUUUUGGUCAAGAUUAUGAAUGUUUAAUCAAAGAAGCCUAAAUAAACAUUAUAUUGAAUGCAAAAAUAAUGGUCGUACAGUGGUUUGCAUGACACCUCACAAUUCUGAGGUCUUGGGGUUUGUGUGUCCUUGUAAGGAGUUUUCAUGUUGGAUCAUUGCUGGUUUUAAAUUAGGGACUCUGGGGUCCUUGCAUAUUCUAAAAACAUGUAUGUUAGGUGUAUUCCAGAUACCUCACAAUCACUCCAGCAUGUACCGCACCACUUGCCCUGAGUCUGUUAUAGUAAUUGUAGCUGACUUAGGGCAUCAAGCAAAUUCAUUAAAGGAAAGCGUGAAGAAAAUGGCAUGCAUGACAAGAUGGUCUUGUAAGCAAAUGUGUGUCAAGAAUGAUUUUUUUUUUUUUUUUAAAGCACGGUACAAGUGAAAGACAUAUUACAAGAUGAUUACAUUCUAAAAUAGAUAACUAUAUAAUACUAUACUACUAUAGUAUUCUAUAUACAGUGAUCCCUUGUUUUUCGUUAAUGCCCCCCCUCCGCGAAAAUCGAAAAUCUGCGAAGUAGAGGCCGAGAUUAUUUACAUUAAAAAUAUAUAGAUUUAUUUAUUAAUUUUGAUGUGUUCAAUCUAUUUAUUCACAUUUAACGGCAUGUUUUCCCUUUUCCCCAUAGUAUAAUUUAAAAAAAAAAAAAACAACCACAACAAAAAAACCUUAUGUAUUUUUAUUAGGGCUGUCAAAUGAUUAAAAUUUUUAAUCGAGUUAAUCACAGCUUUAAAAUUAAUUAAUCGUAAUUAAUCGCAAUUCAAACCAUCUAUAAAAUACGGCAUAUUUUUCUGUAAAUUAUUGUUGGAAUGGAAAGAUGAGACACAAGACGGAUAUAUACAUUCAACAUACUGUAUUUGUUUAUUAUAACAA